AUGACCUCGUUUUUACAGCCAUCUGCAAUCAAAAACCGCAUCGUCCGUUCGAAUGCUAGGCUCACGUUUCAGAACAUAGCAGAGCCGACAGUUCACAUUUCUUCUAAAAAACGAAGGGUACAAGUUGGAGGUAAGCCAAUAAAGGAGGACGUCGAGGCAUCCACGGACACUUGUAAGCCAAAGGAGGAGGACAGCGUGGACUUCGAGGCCGCAGUUAGAGAACUUGAGUGUCAUGUGAAUGCUAAAGAUAAGUCAUCCGAAACAACAGAACAGGUGAUUUUUUACAUAACUUGGCAGCGUUUCUCGUGCUACAACACCGCUAGUAUUUUUUGAAA